AUGAGUGAUCCUGGAGAGAUACGUACCUGGAUAUUUACAGGCAAUAUAGUCCAUCCGGGUAGCACAACUUUUGGUAUAAAUCGUGCCGGUUAUACACUUCAUUCUGCCAUUCAUAAAGCACGACCAGACCUCAACUGUGUCAUUCAUUUGCAUACCCCUGCUGUGGCUUCAAUAUCUGCAAUAAGCGGUGAUAUUUUACCAUUAUCUCAAGAGGCAUUAUCUUGUGGGAAAAUUUCCUAUCAUGACUACCGUGGUAUAUUAAUCGAAGGUGACGUAAAAAGUCUGCUUGCCAAAGAUUUGGGCCCGACCAAUAAAGUAAUGAUUUUACGGAACCAUGGUUUUGUUGCCUGUGGAGAGACAAUUGAAGAAGCAUGGCAAUAUGCAUUCAUUGUCAUUCGUGCCAGUGAAAUUCAAGUAUGUACUACAUCAGUUGCCAUCGAUCAACUGUAUUUGUCGUCGGGCGAACAACAUCAGCGAGUUGCCAAUAUACUACAAGACUACACAAACGAUACUAGUGAUGAUUUGAAAUAUAAAACAAAUGAAAUUGAAUUCGAAUGCUUAAUACGCAAUUUAGAUAAUGCUGGUUAUCGGACUGGAUAUCAUUAUCAGAAACCGUUGCUGGAUACUGGGAAUAUGAAAACGGCAAUCACAGCUGUUGAACCAAUGUCGUCUGCUGAAGCCACUUUGUGA